AUGAAUCAUCAUCAACAGCCACCACCACCACAUUCUCAUCAUUCGUAUAUAUCUCUUGGAUUUUGUACCUCUAUAAAGAAGAAGAACAUCAAGCUUGACGUGGUGAUGAUGACCAUUCUUCUUCUUCUCAUGAUGAUGUUGGGCAUCACUACCAUCCACGCAACGUGGGAAGAGAACAACAACAACAGCCUUUCCGAACCAUCGAUCGAACCAUCCAACCAUUCUACUACCACUACCACGAUGUCGGCACCACAGAAAAGAACCAUUCCGAAGGUCAUUUUGAGAACGAAAGAAGAACACCACGAACGUAUGCAUCAACAAUACCAUCAUCCUCAUCAUCCUCAUCAUCCUCAUCAACAACAACAACGAAAAGGCAAAUCUUCUUCCUAUACACAACCUUACUCGAAAUUCAUUCAAUGGCAUCAUUGUUACAGUACGGCCGAUGAUGAAGAAGAUGAUGGCAUUUCUCUCGUGACUGCCCAUUUAACCAUCAUUCCCACUCGAUACAAUGUUCCAGGUGUACGUGUGGAUAUGAAUAUGAAAUUCAACAUGCACGUAUCGGAUACCAAUGUGUUGUUUUAUCAAUUGGAAUUGUGGCAUGAAGAGACAGGUCAAACCAUCAAAUAUAAGGGACCAUAUGAUGUGUGUUGUGGAUCUUUUAUUCAUAAUGAUUCAAUUGAUCAUGUUGACAUAAAGAAGAGUGAUUUGGAAUAUGGAUGUUCUUUGGAAGAAUCGAAUUGUCCAAUUCUGAAUUUAAACAAAACUUAUCAUGCUCAAAUUGAAAGACCACUCUAUGUCACUGAAAAAGGAACCUAUGAAGCGAGUGUUAAGAUUUAUAAACAUAGAGUACUUGAGAGUGAUCCAUCCAGAACAGAAAAGUAUGAAUAUUUAUGUGUGGAUAUUCCUUUCAAAGUGAAUUUCGAAAAGGAAAUGUUAAAUACUGCUCUAUGGAAACAAUCUAAAGAUGGAGAACUUUCACUCACUACUAUGACCACUACUACCCAAACGACGACAAUCACUCCAGACACAGAGUCAUUCACUUCAACAACAAGUAGUAAUUUAAGUGACAAACCGCUCAUUAAGGAUGAAAUGUAA